UAAAAUGCAACAGCUGCUAAGAUCCUGCAUUAAAACUCUUUCCAGAUCUCCCCUGGGCGGACAACCCAAAGUCACCGGACCACCGAUGGCGACGCGGCCAUCAACCUAAGAGGCCGGAGCUGUGAUGAGCCGUUGGACUCGUUUACCAAGAGGUUUGUUGAGUCUGAGCCGCCUUCUGCAUUGGAAGAAGACUCUGUGCCCCGGGGGCUUGGACGCGUCGGCAGGCAUGGGCAGUUACAGCAGCAUCCAGUUCCGCGGCGUCCCUGCAGGCAGAGGACCCCACAGCGUCGGCUGCGCAGACCUCAUGAGCGAUCACACAACUCAGGGGAGCUUCCUGCGCCUCUUCUACCCGUGUUCCGACAACGGCCAACAUGAGAACGCAGUAUGGAUUCCCAAGAGGGAGUAUUACCUUGGCCUGGCUGACACCCUCAAACUAAACCGCACCGUGAUGGAUGUUAUAUUCAGCUACUAUUUCGGUUCCGUGACGUGUCCGGCUAAGUGGAAUGCACCUUUCAAACCCGGGGAGAAAUAUCCGCUGGUUAUCUUCUCACACGGACUCGGAGCUUUCAGGACCCUGUAUUCUGCCGUCUGCAUCGGGCUGGCUUCUCAGGGAUUUGUAGUGGCUGCUGUUGAGCACAGAGAUGAAUCCGCCUCCGCGACAUUUUAUUUCCGAGAGAAGUCCACUGACGGCCCGUGCGACGGGGACUGCGGGGGUCUGGAGGAGGUCUGGCUGUACAAUAAGACACCCAAAGCGGGUUCCGAUGAAUUCCCCCUCCGAUUUGAACAGGUGCAGAAGAGAGCAGACGAGUGUAUAAGGGCCUUAGAUCUCUUGCUUGACAUCAAUGCUGGAAAAAGUGUUACCAACUCAUUACCGUCACCGUUUGACUGGCGUUUAUUAAAGGACUCGCUUGACGUCGGAAGGAUCUCUGUAGCCGGACACUCGUUUGGGGCGGCUACGGCAAUCAAAGCUCUUGGCAGAGACGCCCGAUUCAGGUGCGGGAUUGCGCUGGACGCCUGGAUGUUUUCCCUAAAGAAUGAGGUUUUCUCCGCCAUCCAGCAGCCGGUGUUAUUUGUGAACUCAGAGAAGUUCCAGUGGGUGGAGAACAUAUUAAUCAUGAAGAAGAUGGACUCAUCGAGUGCGGAGAGAAAGAUGAUCACCAUUAAGGGCUCCGUACACCAGAGUUUUCCAGACUUCACUUUCUUGACCGGCUACCUGGUGGGGAAAAUAUUUAAGCUGAAAGGCGAAAUCGAUCCGUACAUCUGCAUGGACAUCAUUAUUAACGUGACUCUGGCCUUCCUCCAGAGACAUCUGGGUCUUCAGAAAGAUUUCAAUCAGUGGGACUCUCUUAUAGAAGGAGACGGGGAACACGUGAUUCCUGGAACAAACCUAGAUCUACCUCCGACCGCGCAGACACAGGCUGCCCCGUGACACGCUACGAGAACACGGCCUGGCCCUGGACGGCCACCAUCGCACCACCAAUACCUCUGACGUGCCACAAACUAUUAUUAUUAUUACCCGCGCGGAGAGCUCUGCGAUCCCGGGCAGCGAACGGACCUCAUCGUUACUAUUAAACUCUUCCUUCCUCAGGGAUUUUAAGCCAAGAAGCCAGAAUCCAUGACUUUUCACUCUUUUACUGCGGGUGCUUUUUUAUUACAUCACAUUUGAGGAGUAAACGAUCUGCUCUGUAUGCUGCCUCGCUCACACAAAAGUGAGACUAUAUAUAUUUAUGAGACGCUCGCAAAAAGUCUUGUAAAUAGUAACUUUCUCUUUGAUUUCUGUGUUUCCUGCGGAUGCUCGCUUGCUCCUACCGCAAGUCACACAGUGACACCUCUGGACCAACACCAGGACUCCUUAUCAUACUGUCUGUGGGGAACAAUAGAACGGCUCAGUCUCAAUACCCAGCCAGACACUCUGACUAAUGAUAGUCUAUGGAUGAACAGACUUCAUUAGCAUCGCCAUAAAGCAUCAGUUCAGUAUGGUGUAUGAACACGACUGACAAUGGCGGCCUCUGGGUCUGCAGAUAAAGUGAACUUAUUGAGACAAAAUGAGAUAGAGGUUUUUGUCAAUAUCGACCGACAUUACUGUAUACAGCUCUGGGUGGGGGGUUAUAUUACUGUAUACAGCACUGGGAGGGUAUUACUGUAUACAGCGCUGGGGAGAAUAGUCAGAGCGCUCUCCAAAAAGGUGCUGCUAAUCUGAAGUGUUUCGUGUGAACAGGACACAGAAAA